AUGAACCGGUCGGCUGAUUGGGCGGGAAGUGUGGCCCCUGGUUUGGGUGCCGUUGUCGUUGUCCCCCUUCAAGUUCCAGUGCCUCGAGACAACACACGCAUGCAAGUUGUCUCGAUUCUCAUCAUUCAAGUGCAUCCUCGCGACACGCAGGAGACUCGUACUACACAGUUAUGUGUCACCCGGCAGCUCUUCCAUUCGACAGACCUCGUCAGCCACACCUUCGAGCUGGCUGGUACGCGGCCGAAUUGGACUAUCAGGGAGUCAACGAACACGACACAUCCGAGCGAGGGUCCAAGUGUGGUCGGAUCUGUCGACAUCGCCACAAUAUCAUCAAACGCUCAGCAAGAGGAUGCGCUGCUCUCAAUACUGCGAGCUAUGAACGUGAAUCCUGAAUGGGAUCAGCGCAACUGGUUCGAUGAUGUGUUAAGAAGAUUGCGAGAGACGUGGCCGACGGAGUUCGCCGACGACAUGAUAGCCCCAUUCCUCGACUACACCGUCAGACUACUCGUCGACGCGCCAUUGGACUGAGUAGGCCGGCAACAAAAACAACUUUAGAUGCUAUGCUACGAAGAAAUAUCUGGGAGGAGACCUAGCAUGAACCGCAUGUAGCCAUAACACUCGAGCUGCGACUUUCACACCGCUGCUGGCAACCAGCCCUUGCACGCAAUGGCGACCGCAAAGCCCCUUCACCGGCCUUCCCCAGCACAUCAGCCGCCAGGUCUUGCGGACGGUCAUCUGCGUGCGUCCGUGAGUCCAAUAGAAGCUACUUCGUCGGGUUUCUGAGAGAUGGGCAUGACAGAGGCAAAAGUGUGAAACAUGGCAUAUGCUAGAGCACUGAGGCUCCAUGCAGUCGCCGAACACCCU